AUGUGGAAAACUACUCAUGGCGUUGCGGUCAUUCACCAUACAUAUAUUGCGAGUGGCCCAAAGCAAAUGUCUGUUUUAGCGGGCGAUCCCAUCGAAAUCUUCGAAGAAACUAAUGAUUGGUUUCUUGGUACAAAUUUGAACACACAACGUUCAGGAAUUUUCCCGAAAGUUUGUGCAAAUUUCCGUAAAUUACCUGCUAUUAAUAAUAAACAAUAUUUAGCAAUGCCAGAAGACCUUUUGAUUUACGAUUCAUAUUUGACUUUAAAUGUCGCUUUACAACAGUACGCUACCCUUCCAGCAUCAUAUGUCCUGCAAGUUUUUGACUCCAUCCAAGAAAUUGUUCAGAUUUAUCAGAGUUUUGAAGAUAAAAAUCAAGAACAAUUUAUAGAAUUUGGACAUACAUCGCUUGGUUUGAAGAUUAAAAACAUCCGUGAUGCAUUAGGUCUUCCAGAUACCUUCCGCUGUGGAAACUAUUCCCCGCAAACAAUCUCUUCCUGGGGUUUAGACCACUAUUUAUCCAGAUGCGCCUUUAUCCCAUCACACAAACCAAAACCAACAGAGCACGUCAUGAUCGCAGCACAUGUUAAUAUAAAAAACCUUGUACAACCCCAGCAAUUCCGUUUUGCCCUUUAUUCUGGACAUAUUAAUUAUUCUCCUUGGGCAUCUCAACAAUUUUCAACUAUAUUAACACCAGAACGUCCUGAAGUUGAUCUCCAGUUCAUUCAACUCGAUGAAUAUAUCUUUAAUUCUCCAUUAUACGUAGUCAUUUUUAUUGAUAACAUCAAAGCAGCUACAAAAGACCAACCAGAGCAGAGAAUACCUCGCGCAUGUGCUAGCGCUCAGCUCAAGUUCCGUUCAAACCCUUACGAAAAGUCUAUUACUUCACAAUGCACUGCUUACGCUUACGGUAACGAUUAUCACCCUAAUCUCCAUACAGCCAUUGCCAUUUCACCUCAUAAUUUAAUCCACGAUUCAAUUGCUUUCAGUCUUGACUGUACAGCUUUCAAUGGCGAAUACGAUAUGAUCCAAAGUAACUCUGCGAAGAACACAUUUACGGUCAUGCCAUACAAAUUACCAAGUAUCGUUUCGUUUAACUUCAACAGAUCUUCAUUGACGUUCCGAUUUGUCAAUAUCGAGCAGGACGCCAGCAGAAACUCAUUCAUGUACAUAGUCAGAAUGCUUGACGCUUCAACAAACAAAUUCCUCCCGAUUUUGCCAAAGAAAAUCCAAGUUGAUCCGAAAUCAGCUUACACAGAAACAGAAUGGCACUCAUUGGUCAUCAAAGGACAAAAGGAACUCACUCUCGAUGAAGUAGUUACUACCGAUAUCUCUAAUUACACUUCGAAAUUGGACAAUUUAUACCUUUGCAUCGAAUUCCAGCGCACAGGACAUAUCGGAAAGUCAUUAUCGGCAUUCGGCCAAUCAGUAAUCAAGCUUACUGAUCAGAACGGAGCUGUAAAAAUCCUUGGAGACGGAAAUUACCAAAUUUUCCCACUUUCUUACAAAGGAUCGGCACAAGAAAUCAAAGAUUUCAACCUCGAUACAGCUAAAGCAGGAAAACCCAUCGGUACUCUUACAAUUAAUUCGAUAAUUAACUCAGUGAACUUUGCACCGAACAAAGAUAUCAACGCUUUGUUGUACUGCAGACCAGGUACUCCGAUUAUUCCGAACCUCCAAGCUCUUCAAACUUUGAAAGCCGGAGUUUGGAUAUUAUUUUCAAAGAAAAUCUUCGAACAAAUCUGUACUCUCAUAGUCGGAAACACAGAAGAGACACAAUACGCUCUGGAUUCGUUCUUCCGACUCUGUUAUCAGGUUUACGGAGAUAUAAAAGCAGAUAAUUACCAAAGUGUAUUGUUUGAGUACAUAAAUACCGAAUUAACACAAGAGAAGGCCGAUGCAAGUAAUUACAAGGCGGCUUAUAACCAAAUCCUUGCAGAAACUACGAAAUUAACUGCACCUGACCGUAAAUCUGAUCCAACUUACAACCAGACCUUCCUGGCCCUUCCAUUUAUUGUUGGAUUCUGUAUUUCCCUCUUCGAUUCCGCUAAAGGAGGCUCCAAACCAUUGUUUGCCAACAAAAUUGGCCCAAUUAUCAAGAGAAUCUCGCAAUUCAUCACUGAUAAAGAUGUACCAAACCAGCUGAUCAACAAGCUCAUUUCGAAUAUCCAUGUUAUCAUGGAAUUCCUCACAAAAGUUUACAAUUACCAACAAGUUGCCACAAUUUUCUUAGAAAUUUACAAUUCUAUGGGUGAACUAAAAAGUGACAGCCCUCAAGAAAUUUUAGAUCUCAAAAUUAAUUUAAUUAAUGGCUUAGCGUCAUCAACAAUGUGGAAUGAAGCAAGCGCUAUGUCUGUUUUGAGACCUGUUUUCAAAACUGACAUCAAUUUGAUCGCAAAUGACCCUAAGAUGGAGCAAAAGAUCAUCGAUGCGUUGGCUACAAUCUAUUUCACAUCUCGUAACCCAUAUCCUCUUGAUUUUUUCGACAUCAUUUCGAACUAUUGUGAAAAAACUAAUAAAAUGGAGGUCCAAUUCUUCAUUUUAUCACUCAUUUAUCAAUUCCCGAAGAACAUCCCUAUAGAAUCUGCUAUGAAAUCCCUUUCUUCUCCUGUUAUUGAACCGAAAUUGAGGUUAUUCCUUACAAUUUUCUUCCUUCAAGAGAACAAAUCGAGAUUGAACGUUCUCAUGAAGAGCCAGGCCAAAGAUCCUGAAGCGAUGAUGGAUAUUUUCAAGGUUUGCCUCGAAUCCGCUUAUUUGGCCGCAACUCCAGCCGGAAUUCCACUUGAUUUGCAGAUCCAGCAGAAGACAUAUGGCUUUGGUGCCAAUUUCAGUGUUCUUUCGGACCUUUUAACUGAACUUCCCUCUUCUCAAAUCGCAUCUGACGCUUUAUUCGGCCAUAUCUUCCACGCGUACUCAUAUUAUCAGUCGGAGUCACUCAGGAAGAUGUUCUUUACCAUCAUCGAUGCGAUGUUCCAAGAGAAAUUGAAGAAUCCUCAGUUAAUUACCAUGAUUCUCCCUGUUUUGAAGCAGUACUCCAACCUCCCGCACUUCUCCAACAUCUCAAAGAUAUUCACACCAUACAAGAACGAGCACAAACAGCUGGGCGAACUUUGUAUCUCAGCUUUGUCAACGAUAAAGUCUACAAGAUUGCAGCAGACGAAGCCGAACCAGUAUUUACUGAUCGAGUCCUACCUCAAACUCGUAGAAUUAGGUAAAUCUCUCGGUUCAAAAGAAAUUAUUAUCCAAAAUCUUGCACAAGUUGCGCAAUUGAACGAGUUCUACAAGUCAAAGAUAGAACAGGCGUUCACACUCCUUCAGAUUCUUGACGAAAUUCCUAUCUCCAACGAUGAGAAAAUUUCGAUACCCGGAUUCGAACCUAAAAACGGCAGAUUGUUAUGGAUUGAGAUUCUCCGUAAAGUCCUCAACCUCUUUGCCGAAGAAUCCCUCGACGAAUACGGCAUAGAUGUCCUGAAAACUUUCAGAGAAAAAGUUGUGAACAAAUUCCGUCAUUACGAGCUUCUUCCUGAGCUCUAUACUCUCGAGAGCCAGAUCUACAAGAACAUGUUGUCCGGACAAAGAAACUACUCCAAGUACUACAGAGUUUCUUUCGGAGGAGUCUCAAAAGUGGAAGAAGCUGGAAAAACGUACAUUUAUCGUCGGCCUUCAACCGUUCCUUACGCUGAAUUUUUGACAGAGAUGAAGACACUUUUCCCCGAUGCCGUGGUGAUUGACAGGGCUUGCAACAUCCAAGCGAAUGCUGGCAAGGAGAGAUUGUUCAUUUCCAUUGACAUGGUUUUCCCUGUAACGGAAGAAGUCGAAAAAGACGUUCUUUAUCAUCCAGACACGAAUAAGCCUGAGUUCCUUCUUAAAUGGGAGGAAUCGAAGAAUCCUUACAUAUUCAAGGCAGAACUACAGAAGGUGAAUGAUAAAGAUUUCACUCAGGAAUUCCAUCACACGGCUACAACAUUCCCAAGUCCUUGUUCUAGAUGCAUAAUCAGCGAAAACAUAAGGAAGAAAGUCAGUCCUCUUGAAGCUAUUUGUUUGCAAGUUAUCAAGGAAACUUCCAAACUAAAUGCUGAUGAAAACUCUGGUACAUCGAUGAAGGACAUCAAUUUGGAUUUGCUACACUUGAAUGGUUCUAUUGGCGCUUUAGGAAAGAGAGGAAUCAUUGAGGCUGCAAAUCAGUAUUUGAGUGCAAAUUAUAUGGAACAGAAUCCGACACAGAAGAAAUUAUGCGACGAAUUCAAGAAUUUGGUGAAGAAUUUACUUGGUGUUAUUAACAGAAGAAUUGAAGAUCUAAAACAGGCUGCAGAUAUAACUAACGCAACAUUCGCAAAGGCGUUCGAAGCUGCAAAGACUAGUUAUGAUGAAUUAUACGGAAAAUUGGCUGAUUUCUUGAAAUAA